AUGCUGGACGCCCAUCCCCCCCCCAAGACGGAGAAGACGGCGGUGGCCGACCAGGAGGUGGAGGUCGAGACGGGGUUGCGGCGGGGAUACCGUCCCACCCGCUGGCAGAGUAACCUGACGAUCCUGAGUUGCUAUAUCGCCAACUUCAGUGAUGGCUACCAGAACCAGCUGGCCAACCCCACCAAUGUCAUCUUCAAGAAGCUCCUCGGCACGACGGGCUACCCCUCGGAGAUGGAGACCCGCAUCAGCAACUCCCUGCUGAUUGGAGCCAUCCUGGGGGUCGUGGCGCUGGGCUAUGUCUCCGACAUGGUGUCCCGGCGUGCCGGGUUGCUCUUCACCUCGGGGCUGGUCACCAUCGCCACCCUGAUGGCCGCCCUGGCCCUGCAGGUGCACCCGUCCUACAACAUGCUGUGGUACUUCGUCAUCGUGCGCGGCAUCUGCGGGUUUGGCGUCGGGGGCGAGUAUCCCCCGAGUGCCGCCGCCGGCUUGGAGGAGUCGGACGAUUUCCAACGUCGCUAUCGGGGCCCCGUUUUCGUCUCCUUCACGACGCUGAUGGCCACGGUUGCGUCGCCCAUCCUGAUGAUCGUCUACCUGAUCUGCCUGAAGGCGAGCGACAACAACCUGGCCGUCACCUUCCACGCCCUGUACGCCAUCGGCACCAUCCUGCCCGCCGUCAUCAUGGGGCUGCGGUUCUUCAUGACCGACUCGACGCUGUACCACCGCUCCAACUUCAAGGGCCAGCGCAAGCCCGCCGGCUUCUACUGGCUGCUGGCGCGGCGGUACUGGCGGCGGCUGCUGACCACUUCGCUGGCCUUCUUCCUGUACGACUUCAUCAACUUCCCCAACAGCAUCAUGUCCAGCACCAUCAUCGCCUCGCUGGUGACGGAUGGCAACAUCCAGACCACCGCCAUCUGGCAGGUCAUCCUGGCGGUCCUGCCGGUGCCCGGGGUCCUCAUCGGCGCCUGGCUGACCAACGCGAUCGGGCGCCGGGGCACGGGGCUGGUCGGGUUCGCCGGGUACGUGGUGCUGGGCUUCAUCAUCGGCGGGCUGUACGGGCGGCUGUCGAAGCACAUCGCCGCGUUCGUGGUGCUGUACGGCCUGCUGCAGGCGUUCGGCCACCUGGGGCCCGGGGCGACGAUCGGGCUGAUCUCGACGGAGGCGUUCCCGACGGCGAUGCGCGGCAUGGGGUACAGCGUCGCGACGGCGUUCGGGCGCACGGGGGCGGCGGUGGGCACGCAAUGCUUCACCCCCCUGCGCGACCACGCGGGCGACAGCGCCACCUUCUACCUGGCCGGUGGCGUGGCCAUCCUGGGGAUGAUCGUGUACUGCUUUCUGCCGGAGAGCGGCAAGAUAAACCUGGAGGAGGAGGAUCGCGAGCUGGAGAAGUACCUGGCGCAGUUUGGGUUCGAGAUGGAUACCUCGCAGUGA